GCAGGCUGCAUUCGCCGCUGUUUGAAGGCGACGCGCCGACAGCGCGCUAAACCCAGAGAUUGUUACAUCAUAGAGAGCAAUUGAUUUCGAAGGUCGCAGAGCAACGCGGACCUUCAAGCAUGCCGCGUCGGCUGCUGCUCCUCACAGUUCAAACCACUGCUCUGCUCCACUCCCGAACGCCGGCGCUGCGGCGUACGAUACGUCACGCCAGCGAAGAAGAACCUUCGCUCGCGCGGGAGCUGUCCCAGUCCGCCGUCGCCCUCGCCGCCGGCAUCGACGGUCCUUUGAAGAAAUACGACCCGAUCCGGAACGCGGCUUUGAAGAAGAUACGCACGCGCUUCACUCCAAAUGAAUUGGCGGACGUCGUGAAUGCCUACGCCGAGGCGGGCGUCAAGGCGCCCGAUCUGUUCGAGACCGUCGCAAGCGCUCUACGGGAGCGUCUGUCGUCCUUUACUGCGGACGACGCCUGCGACGUGGCCUUCGCGUUAAGUAGAGCGAGGUGCGUCUCCGACGAGUUGUUAAAUGACGUCUCUGCUCAUGCGAACACGACAGCAACGUCGGCGGAGGCAUUGGCGCGGCUGUGCUACGCGUUCGCGCGGAAAGGUAUCAAAAGAGGUGAAGGCGCCUCAACAGCUGCGCGUAAUGCGAGACAAGCCGUCAUCAAUGGUGGCACUCUAUCACUGGAUGCCUUGUCGCGGUGCUGCUGGGCUUCUGCCGCUCUCGAGGGCGAGGACGCCUCAGUACUAUUUAAUGAAUGUACGAAGCGCGUCGCCCAACGCGCGAACGACUUCACGGGCAAGCAACUCGUGACCAUCGCCUUCGCGGCCUCCAAGAAACGCACCGUCGACUCUGUACUUUUUGAUGCGAUAGCAGAUGGCAUCGCGGCCAAGACGGACGAACUGAACCCGCAGGGGCUGUCGAACGCGGCCUUCGCCUACGCCACCGUGCGAAGAAGGGACCCCAUCCUGUUUGCGGCCGUGGCGCGAGAAGCGCCUUCGAAAUUGAAGAGCUUUGAACCUAGACAUUCCGCGUCGCUGGCGUGGUCUUUUUCUAAAGCUGGUUUCAGGGCGCCGCAGCUGUACGACGCCCUUGCGCUGUCUUGCGCUUCUAGAUUAAACGACUUCGACGCGAAGCAGAUCAGUACGUUAGCGUGGGCCUACGCGCGGGCCGGCCGCUUGGACAGGGAGCCCCUACGGACAGCUCUCGUACAACAAGUCAACGAGCGGUGUAUCUCACGCAGUUUCUCGGCGCAGUCUUUAUCAAAUAUAGCGUGGUCGUUCGCGAAGCCGGAGCACAACGCGGCGCGCUGCGAGGACGUCCUUGAUUCAGUAGCGGCGGCUGCUAUGGAGCUUGGGCUUUCCGAGUUCACGGACCAGGGUCUGGCGAACCUGGCGUGGUCCUGCGCGCGGACGCCGCGGCGGGGCCCCGAGGCUGAACGGUUAGUUUCAAAAGUGACGCAAGCCUCAUCUACGAGGUUGCACGAGUUCGGGCCCCAGGCUUGUGCCAAUUUACUGUGGGCCGCGGCGACCUGCGAUGCGGCCCAAGACUUGGAUGUCUCUGCCGUCUCCUCAUCUCUGGAAAGAAACGUCCCAAAGAUGACGGCCCAGCAGAUCUCGAUGGUCUGCUGGGCGGGGGCUGUCGCGGGCAUCCAGCCUGAUCCUCCUGCCUUAAGUGCGUUGUGGAGGACGGCGCGCUCUAGACUAGAUGAGUUCGGGCCGCGGGCGUUUUCUAACGUGGCCUGGUCGCUCGCGAAAUCAACAGAGACGGAUGACGAAGAGCGGAAUGCUCUGUUGGACGCUUUGGCCGACGCUCUUGCGGAUCGGAAACGGGUUGGGGCUCUCAGUGCACAAGCAUUGGCCAAUAUAGCUUGGUCCUACAAGGGUCGGUACCAACCUGCCUUAUAUGAGUCUCUGGUCCGAGCUGGCUUGCGACGCAUCCCGGACCAGGCGCCGCAAGAACUCGCCUCGACGGCCUAUUCCUACGCUUCGGCCGGUGUCGAUGCUCCCUUGUUGUAUGAGGCUGUGGCGCGUGCGGCAGCAAGGAAGAUCGGUUCCUUUGGUUCAGUAGAUUUACAUAUCAUCGCGUGGUCUUUUUGUGUUGCUGGCGCUUUAGAUGCGAGAUUAUUCGGCGCCAUUGCCGGUGUUCUACCUUCUUAUUUAGAUGAUCUAUCCAUGGAAGGCCGGGCGCAGCUCUACCAGGUCUACCUCUACCUGUCUCGAGAAUUACCUGAUUCGUUGCUGGUGCCCGUGCUCGGGGAGCACUCUCAACAGUUGAAGGAGGCCUUCGUUUCCCAAGAUGUCGAGCCGUCGCAGACGCAAAACGAAGUUUCUCGCGUGUUGACAGGUUUAGGCUGGAAUCACGACGAGGAGCACCGCACCGACGAAGGUUUGUCCUUGGACAUGGCUAGACCAUCGAUGAAGGUCGCGGUCGAGUUCGACGGCCCCACCCACUACUUACUGGGCGGCGCCACUGGUUCUAUACAAUGCAACGGCGCGACGGCGUUCAAAAGAAGGCUUCUGAAGAUACUAGGCUGGGAGGUCAUCAGUAUCCCCUACUUCGAGUGGAACGAGGUCCGCUCCUCCAAAGAGACGCGGGAGGCCUACCUCAAGACGAAAUUAGCACUGUAAUAUAUUGUUGUCAUUA